AUGUCCACCAAACCUAUUACAAGAGUUGCCAUUGUUGGAGCUACCGGUCACCUCGGCCAAGUCUUCGCCCAGGCGCUUCUGCAAACUGGCCAACAUACAGUUACAGCUCUCACUCGCGAAGAUAGCCAGGGAAAACUUCCCGAUGGAGUUCAAGCCGUCCCAGUUAAUUACGAAGAUGAUGACUCGAUCAUCAAGGCCCUGGAUGGCCAACAAUUUCUUGUUAUUACUCUCAGCGUGCAAGCCCCUCAGCAUCUUCAUGGUCGGAUUACCGCAGCUGCCGGAAAAGCCGGUGUCCCCUACAUCAUGCCCAAUGCGUACGGGUACCCUCUCAACCCCGAGUCCGUGGAAGACGAUGAUCCAUAUGCAAAGAUCAUGCUCAGUCGAGUGACUGAGGCUCAAAAUGGUGUCUCAUCCUCUGUGACACUGCCGUGCGGUGUCUGGUACGAAUGGAGCCUGGCAUGCGGUGAGCAAUGGUUUGGAUUCACGAUCAACGACCGGAAGGUGACAUUUUUCGAUGACGGUGCUCGGACCGUUAGUGUUAGCACUUGGGACCAAUGUGGCCGCGCACUGGCCGCUCUCGUAAGCCUACCGGAGUCGGGGUCAACUCCUGCACUUGCCGACUUCAAGAAUAAGGAAGUCCCGAUCAAUAGCUUCCGCGUCUCGCAACGCGAUAUGCUCGACAGUCUGCAUCGUGUCUUGGGAACUACAGACUCGGACUGGGAGAUCAGACAUGAGAGUGUCGCUAAGCGGCUUGCAGACGGCGCCGAGGAGCUGGCCCAGGGUGAUUUUACGGGGUAUGCUAAAAUGCUUUACGGAAGUCUAUUUUCAACGACCAGCAAAACAGGCGAUUUUGCAGGGACCAUGCAAUUGGCAAAUGAUGUAUUAGGGCUACCUGAGGAGGACUUGGAUGAAGCGACGAAGAGGGCGGCCGAUAUGGUGGCUGGAGGAUGGGUCCCAUUUCCCGGGAUGUAA